AUGAAAAAUGUCUAAUUUAGUAAAUGUGUUGGCCAUUAUCAAAUAGAUUUGAGUUAAUAAUUAGGAAAGGGUACAUUUGGAGAAGUUUGCUUAGGCAAGGAUACAAAGACAUAAGAGAUAGUGGCAGUUAAGAUUAUCAAUAUUAAAGGAAAUGAAAAGUAAAAUGAGUAAAUGAGAAAAUUGUGUGAAAAUGAAAGUUAAAUAAUGCAGCGUUUGCAACAUCCAAAUUUAGUCAAAUUUCAUUCAUUUUAAAGAACUUAAAAUAAUAUCUAUUUCAUAAUGGAAUUUUGUGAAGGAGGCACAUUAGAUUCUUAUAUUGCAAAGAAAUGCCCUCAUAAAAAUUAAUUGAAAUAUUUAGCAGAAACUGAGGCCAGAAUUAUUUUAAGUUAAAUAGUAAAUGGAUAUAAAGAAAUGUAUAAAUAGAAUAUAGUUCAUCGUGAUUUAAAACCAAGCAAUAUACUUAUGAAUAAAGGUAUAGCUAAAAUUUCAGAUUUUGGAUUUAGUAAAAUAUUGUCUGAUUUCGAAAACUAAACCUUAUAAACUUUUGCAGGAACUCCUUUGUAUAUGUCUCCACAAAUUCUUAAUAAUCAAACACAAAGAUAAUAUUCUACCAAAACUGAUAUAUGGUCAUUAGGAAUUAUUUUCUAUGAAGUUCUCUAUGGAUAGACACCUUGGAGAGCUUCUUCAUUCUAAGAAUUAGUAAUUAAAAUUUUAAAUGUUCCUCUAAAAUUUCCAUCCAUACCUCGAGUUUCUGAUUAAAUGCAAUAAAUUAUUUAAAAAAUGCUCAAGGUAGAUGAGAGAGAUAGAAUGAGUUGGGAGGAAUUAUUUCAAUUAUAAAUCUAACUAGAAUAAGAAUCAUAAAUAACUAUAAACAAAUAUAUAGUUUAGAUUAAUUAGGAAUAAGAUAUGUUGAAAAGAAAGAAUCUAGAGAAAAAUUUAAACACUGGUAUAAUUUAAAAUAUACAACAUGGAAGAUAAAAAUAAGAAUAUAUGGAUAAAGCAUAUUAAUAAAUAAAUAAUGAUUCUCAUAAAACUAGAUCAACUGAUACAACUUUAUCUUAAAAUAAAAAUAAAAAUGAAAAUUCAGCUAGUCCUGUAAGAAAAGAAAGAAUAUUUUCUUAAAAAUAAUAAUCAACUUCACCAAUUAGAACUCUUGCAAAUUUUAAUCAAAAUUAAAUUGUUUUAGGAAAGGAAUAACAAGAAUAGAUUAUAAAUAAUUAUAUUAUGAAAAAAAUCUCAGAUUGGAUUACACAUAAAAAAAAUAAAUCAGAAUUUCUUAAUAGACUUUCACAAGAAUUAUUUGAAUAAUGGUCUGCAUGUAUAAUUAUUUUUAUAUAUUAAUAGAAAAAUUCCAAUUAAAUUAAAGUAUCUAUUUAGGAAUUUGUUUUUUAUUAACGAAAUAUUAAGUUCUCAUUUUAUAUAAGAUAUUAACAAGAUUAUAAAAAAAGACUUUAAACAAGUAUUUAUUUAAUUUAUAUAAUUUCAGUACAACUAAAAGAUUUACAGAAAAAGAAUGGGCCAUAUUUUGUUAAAGUAAAGAAUAUAGUGAUUCAUUAAAAAUAAUAAAGAAAGAUUAUUAUUUAAUAACAGAAUUUCUAAUUGAAUUAGUUAAAAGAACUUAAACAGCACUUUAAGAUACAAAAAUAGAAGAAAUGAAAUUAAUUAAAUCUAUUGCAAAUACAGAAGGAAUAGAAAAAACUUAAUUUGAUUAAAUUUUCUAAGUUGGCUUAUAGUAUUAUUGUAAAAUUGUUUUGGACUUAUUACCUAAAGAACAGAAUGAUAGAAGCUAUUUAUAAUUUGCUGUUCGUUUAAAUGAUUGUUGUAAAAUACAUUAAAUUUUUAAAUUUUAAGAAGUUGAUUUCUUUAAAUAUGAAGAUAACAUCACAAAUUCUUCAAACUAAUAACUACUAGAGUAAUUAUAAAAAUGA